GUGCUGUCGGAUGAGGAGAAGAGGAAGCAGUACGAUGCCUAUGGUGAGGAGGGAUUGAAGGAUGGCCACCAGAGCUCCCAUGGAGACAUCUUUUCUCACUUCUUUGGGGACUUUGGAUUCAUGUUUGGAGGUAACCCUCGCCAACAAGACAGGAACAUUCCCCGAGGAAGCGACAUCAUCGUGGACCUGGAGGUCACACUGGAAGAGGUGUAUUCAGGAAACUUCGUAGAAGUUGUCAGGAACAAGCCAGUGGCAAGACAGGCACCGGGCAAACGGAAAUGCAAUUGCCGGCAGGAGAUGAGGACCACCCAGCUGGGUCCUGGCCGUUUCCAGAUGACUCAAGAAGUUGUUUGUGAUGAAUGUCCCAACGUCAAGCUUGUGAACGAGGAGCGAACACUCGAAGUGGAGAUAGAGCCAGGCGUGAGGGAUGGUAUGGAGUAUCCCUUCAUUGGAGAAGGUGAACCCCACGUGGAUGGGGAGCCAGGUGACUUGCGUUUCCGAAUAAAAGUUUUAAAGCACCCAGUCUUUGAAAGAAGAGGAGAUGACUUGUAUACAAAUGUCACCAUCUCGCUGGUCGAGGCACUUACAGGCUUUGAAAUGGAUAUCACCCACUUGGAUGGGCACAAGGUCCAUGUUGCUCGGGAUAAAAUUACGAAACCCGGGGCCAAACUCUGGAAGAAAGGAGAAGGUCUUCCAAAUUUUGACAACAAUAAUAUCAAAGGCUCACUAAUAAUAACAUUUGAUGUGGAGUUCCCCAAAGAGCAACUGACAAACGAGCAGCGGGAAGGUCUCAAGCAGCUGUUGAAACAAGGGUCGGUGCAGAAGGUGUACAACGGAUUGCAGGGAUAUUGAUGGCUGGAAAAAUUUGGACUUAAUUGAAAAUGAAGAGUCCGAUUUGUUUGCGGUCUUUUCUCCUGCCCGCUGUAGAAUGGAAAAAGAGGGAGGGUGGGGCAAUUGUUAAG